AAUAAUCAAUCUUUCAUUCAUUCACUCUAUUCUCCAUUCCAAAGAAAUAGCAUUGAUUUGUAUCGUUUCCAUGAAUUUAUUUUAGAUUUGUUAAUAUUUAGAACUAAUCUUAUUGUUAUUUAUAUUGAAUAUCACUCAGAUUAACUUCACAUUUACAGAAAUUAACAAUGAGUUCAGGAGGUACUCGCGUUUAUGUUGGCGGUCUUGUAGAGGGUAUCAAAAAAGAAGAUUUGGAGAGGGAAUUUGACAAAUAUGGCAAACUAAAUUCAGUUUGGGUGGCACUCAAUCCCCCUGGUUUUGCGUUCAUAGAAUUUGAAAACAUGCAGGAGGCGGAAGAUGCGUGUAGUGCGAUGAAUGGGUUCGAGAUGUUAGGCGCGACGCUAAAAGUAGAACUGUCGAGGAAAAGGGACGGCCCUCGCCGCAACGGUGGCGGGAACUUCAGGGGAGGCCGUGGGGGCGGCGGUAACUUCCGAGGGGGCCGGUCCUUCGGUGGGCCGGGUGGAAACAGAUCCUUCAAUAACUCAUAUGGAGGUGGUGGCGGCAGGCAAGGCGGUUUCAAUCGCAAUGGCUCCGGUAAUGGGUAUGGAUCAGGCAACGGUGGGAAUUUCAGAUCUCGGUCACCACUCUCACGAUUUUAAUUUAGUUUUAGUCUUAAGUUAGGUAUUAGUGUUAUCGUAAUCUGAAGCCUUCCGAGUGUUAAAUUCAAUGUCUUGUAAUACUGGGGGGCAAUACUCAGAAGAGUUUGAUUUGUGUCAUAAGGAUUAAGAGUUCCUUGUAUUGGGUGCACUCAAGACAACUAAUUCUUCACGAGAAUUAUGAACAAUCUUCAGUGAUCAUUUAACAUUUUUGCCUAAAUGCCCUACUUCUAAGUUACAUAUAAAAUAAAAGAAUAUAAUUAUGAA